AUGGCAUCAACCCCACUUUCAGAUGGCCGGUGCCUCCUUCUAUCAAUCCCCCGCGAACUACGGGAUGAGAUCUACGAAUACGCGCUGAGUGAGGAUAACGGUCUCACAGUACAACCCACGAACAAUGGUUUCAAACUCUGGGCAAUUUGGCAUAAGCAUGAUGAAGAAGUGCGGCGAGAUCCGACCCCACUGAAACUUGUUUGCCAUCAGCUGUACGAGGAAACUAAGGACCUAGUUCUCAAACUCAACCCCCUUUUGUUCUCGUCAACUGAUACAGUUCGUGGAACAAAACUAUUCACAAACUUCAUCCAAAAUGGAUGCUCUCCCACCAAUCACCAACUCAUCAAAAAGGUCAUCAUUCGCGAAGGGACCCACCACGACGUCGACCUCUCGGCUGGCUUUCAAGGUUUCGUUAGCACCAAGUCUCCAUCGGUGCUCUUCAGCUUCUGUCGCUCGCACCCUAAUACCAGCGUCAUCAUUUACCUCGCAGAGUUUAAUUCCAAAUUCCCCUCAUGGUGGUGCAUGCUGUUAGGCACCAUGGUGCAGAAAGCUCUAGGGGGUGAAGAUUUAAUUCCGACUUUUCGCCAAAAUUUAUGGGGUACUCUAUCUUUCAAUUCGGGGGUUAUGACACGUGUGCUGUGCAGUAUGCCAAAGAAUUUGCGGCUUUUCCCAGCGACGAAGCUUUUCGAUGAGCAAACGUUCCGGAAAGAUAUCGUAUGGCUCUAUUCGUACGUGGACCCCGAACAUGGUGUAGAAGCAUGGGUUCAGCAAGCGAGGAAGUGGUGUGAGAAAGGAUUCUAA